CUUUGUGAAAGCAGCUGAGCCAACAAUAAUUACUGUUUGACCAAAGUCAAUUUAUAUAUACACACGAUUUCACCUUAGCUUCAUUUUGUUUAAAUGAUUGCACCAAUAAGUGAGAUAAUUUUAUCGAUAAAGAGAAACAGUUUUAUUUGUUGACUUAUAACCAAGGGAGACUUACAUUUCUAAGAUUGACUAGAUAUUUUAUGUGUUAUCAAAAUUUGAUGAAUGAAAGAACAAAUUAAAACAUAUGGGAAUGAGUGAGAGUAAUAAUAAUAAAAAUGUCAAAGUCAGUAUCAGUUUGUCAAAGAAAGUCAUCUAGAUGUUUAAAAAUACCAUUAAAAUCGACUGAACAAAUUUAUUUGGUUUUCUUGAUACCAACGCUAGUAAAUUGUAUAGUUUAUAUCAUUCACUUCUCUGCUGAUUUAGUUGUCGCUAUACAACAUUUUAGAGAACACAAUCCAGUAUGGGGAUCUUGUACACUUUCUCUUAUGUACGCUCCUGCUAUAGUAUAUUUUAUAUUAACUAUUUCAAGACCAGAUUGGUGGAUGACCGACAAUGAUAAAUUAACAAAAGGAAUUUUUAUCUGGUUAUUCAUUCAAAUAUGUCAGCUCAUUGGAUUUCCAUUCUUUGCGCUUUACAGAUAUGCUGGACUUAUCGUCAUGGCUGUAGAUGCUAUCAUCUUGACAGGAGAAAAAAGAUCCAAAACGUUAAACAUUUCCUCUGCACCUGCAGCCAUCGAAUUAUAUUUCUUUUUACAAGCCUGGUUUCAAGCUGCACCACAAGCUAUAUUCCAGACUCAUUUACUUUUCCGAGAAUAUACAGUUCAGCGUAGUUUUCAAUCGAUUUCAGUACAUGUAUUGUGUAUUCUUAUGUCUGUCGUGAUACUCGCAAUUGAGACAACUUCUUUUCAAAGAUUUGAAAGUCAACGGAUCAAUGGCAGAAAGCUUCCAUGGGCAAUGUGGUUAAAAAAAUAUUGUAUCAAGGAACUUCAAUAUCUUGAAGAAAAAACACCGUUACAAUUAUCUAACGUAACAGAGGAUAAUAACACGGCUGCUAAUAAUUCUAAGGAAGAAUCAGAUCAACGUGAUGAAAAUGUAAACAAAUCUACAGAACAAAAAACAGAAACUGAAGCAGAAGCAGCAACAGUUACUUUAGAUCGACAAAUAUCUGUAACUCCACCACUACCACCGAAAAAUGCACAUGUAACACCACCUCCUACACCUUUGAGAGGAAUUACCACGGUUGUAUCAUUACCUGUACCGGAUGUACCAGCACCUCCUCGUCCAGAUUCAAUUGUAAAAACAUCAGAGAAUCAGGAUGUAGAAAAUUCAAAGUCUAUUUCUAUUAUUGAACCAAAUCAAAAGUUAACAAAUAGUAAUCAAAGUUUAAUAUUUCCUAAAAGGAAACAUUCUACCAAAGGAUUAGACGAAGACGACCCAGUUGGAAAAUUUCUUUCAUUUCUUUGGUGGUUCUUUUUCAUUUUAGCACGAAUUCUUACCAUAAGCAUAUUUUAUGAAUUUUAUCCAUAUUAUUUAUUAGGUGCGCUUGGUAUCCAUUACAUUAUCAUGUUGAUAUACCUCUUUUAUUAUACAUCGUAUUACGAUGUAAUCACAUUUUUUAUUAAUCUUUGGCUCGGUUUAGUUUAUAUCAUCAGUAUGAUAGAAUACAAAAUUAAAUUUAAAUAUGCUGACAAAUGGUUAUUGCCAUAUUAUAUUUUCAUUAUUAUUCAAAAUACUGUAUUUACAUUAACAUGGUAUUUUAAUGCUGAAUUCGACGGAUUUUGGUAUAAUUAUGCACUAUGUACAAUUUUUAUCAGUAUGGCACUUUGUAUUUCGUCAACUAUAGUCUAUCAUGUUCUAUUUAAACCAAAGAAACGAAGAAUAUACAGUAGUUGACAAUCAAUAAAAAAAGAAUUAUUCAAGCUAAUAGUUUUGGUAAAGAGAAAAACUAAAUAUUAAAUAAACAUUAAAGUUCUUAUGCUUAUGAAUAUUGCAACGGAGCCAUUGUGAAAUAAUUUCACAAUCUGUAUGACUGAAUUAAAAAAAAAUAUUUCUUUAAAAUCUUAAAUCGUAGC